AUGCUGGGCUGUGCGGUAGUCUUGGCGCUCUCUUGGACGGUUUGCGCCGCAAAGGUGCUUACUCCUCCUUACAUCAACAUCGCAGAGAACAGCAAGGUUGAGGCCACCUAUACCUGCGGCGAAGAAGGUCCAGACCUAUACUGCAAGCUAAUUGGUGCCAACCAGGACGCCACAGUAGACGAAAGCAAUGUCAUCAUCCAUGGACAGGUGUGUGAUGUCUGCGACGCCAACGAGCCUUCGAAGAGCCACCCUGCGACCGCCGCAGUGGACGGUACCGAGUCCUACUGGAUGUCGCCUCCGUUGUCGAGGGGCAUGACCUACAGUCAAGUCAACUUUACCAUAGAUCUAGGGCAGGAAUUUCAUGUAGCAUAUGUGAUACUUAAAAUGGGAAUUUCCCCGAGACCUGAAGUGUGGGUACUAGAAAAAUCCUCUGAUAAUGGUGCCACUUAUUCACCCUGGCAAUACUUUGCUGAUACACUGGCUGAUUGUGAAAGGUUUUUUGGAAGUGCAAGUUUAGAACCAAUUACUAGGGAUGACUCAGUAAUAUGUGAUACUCGAAAUUCAAAAAUUAUACCAUUAGAAGAUGGGGAGAUAGUUGUAUCACUAUUAAAUGAUCGACCCUCUGCAAAUGAUUUCUUCAAUUCUUCUGUUCUUCAAGAAUGGACUCGGGCAACUAAUGUGAGAUUGAGGCUUUUACAGACAAAAACUCUCUUUGCACAUUAUAUGUCUUUUGCCCGUCAGGAUCCUUCUGUAACAAGAAGAUAUUUUUAUUCUAUUCGUGACAUCAAUAUCGGUGGUCGAUGCAGAUGUAAUGGGCAUGCUGAAGUUUGUUUACCUGUUGAAGGAACUAAUAAAAAAGUUUGUGAUUGCAAACAUAAUACAACUGGUGACUUUUGUGAACGUUGUAAGGAAAAUUUGAUUCAGAAGAAGUGGAGGCAAUCCAAAUCAAACCAGGUCUUUGAAUGCGAAGAAUGUAAUUGUCAUGGUCAUUCUUACAAGUGUAUAUACAAUGAGACAGUUGAUGCAUUGGGUCUAUCUUUGGACAAAUAUGGCAAAUAUGAAGGUGGUGGCGUUUGUCAAGAUUGUGAAGAUUUCACUGAAGGAAUUAACUGUGAAAGAUGUAAGGCAGGAUAUUAUAGGCCAUUUGGAAGGCUACCUACACAAAAAGAUGCUUGUGAACGUUGCAGGUGUGAUGGACCUUAUUAUACUGGCAAUUGUGCUGAUCGAACUGGAAUCUGUGAAUGUAAAGUCAAUUACCAACCACCCCAUUGUCAGUCUUGUGCUCUUGGUUACUUUGGCUUUCCAGAGUGUAAAAAUUGCACCUGCUUCAUACAUGGUACUGAAGGAGGAGUUUGUGAACCAGAAAGUCCUGUUUCUACGUGUGUCUGUAAACAAAAUUUUUUUGGACCAGAGUGUAAAAUUUGUCGUGAAGGAUAUCACAAUUUUCCAGAAUGUGAAUCAUGUAAUUGUGAUCCUGUGGGCUCUUCAAGUGAAAUUUGUAAUGUAACUAAUGGACAGUGUGAUUGUCAAAAUAACUUUGGAAGUACAAAAUGUGACCAAUGUGCUCAUGGAUACUUUGAUUUUCCACAAUGUACACUCUGUAAAUGUGAUCCUCGAGGCACAGUUGAGGAAAUAUGUGACAAAAGCUCUGGCCAAUGUUUGUGUAAAGAAGGUUUUGGAGGUGAUAAGUGUGACAAAUGUAUACCUGGAUACAAAGAUUACCCAGAUUGUCAGCCCUGUGGUUGCAGCGAGAUAGGUAGUACAACAACAGUUUGUGAUGUUUCUGGGAAAUGUGAUUGUCUUGAUAGAUUUUCUGGCAAAACCUGCACUCAAUGUGCUUUUGGGUACUACAAAUAUCCUGAGUGUUUACCCUGUGACUGUGAUACACAAGGAACUUACAGAAAUUAUAUGUCUUGUGACGAUAAUGCACAGUGUAAGUGUCGGCCUGGUAUUGUUGGAAAACGGUGUGAUUCUUGUGAAGAGGGUCUCUACAACUUCCCUGCUUGUGAAGAAUGUGAUUGUGAUCCUGCUGGUGUCUUGCCUAAUUCAUCUGACUGUGGAACACUUUCAAAAGUGGGAGAAUUAUGUCAGUGCAAAUCAAGAGUUACUGGCCGUAAAUGCAAAGAAUGUAAACCAUUGUAUUGGAAUUUGCAGUAUUAUAACCCUUUGGGCUGUGAAGAAUGCAAUUGCAAUGCUGAUGGUAUUAUCGGAGGGGUAGGUGUUUGUGAUUCAAAAUCAGGCCAAUGUCUAUGUAAAGAAAAUGUGGAAUCAAGAGGUUGUGAUACUUGUGUUGAUGGAUCGUAUAAUCUUCAAGGAGAUAAUUUAUUUGGUUGUACAGAUUGCAACUGUGACAUUGGUGGAGCUUUGGAUUCUAAUUGUAACAAAGAAACGGGAGCUUGCACAUGUAGGCCAAGAAUAGAAGGAAGAAGUUGUAAUGUACCCAUGCGACAACAUUAUUUUCCUACACUUUAUCAAUUCCAAUAUGAGCUCGAAGAUGGUUUUACCCCUGGUUAUCCAGGAGAUCCUGUGAGUUUUGCAUAUGAAGAAUCUGUUUUUCCUGGAUUUUCUUGGAGAGGUUAUGCAGUUUUUAGUUCAACUCAGAAUGUUAUAAAAUAUCAAGUAGAUAUCAAUGCAGAUACAAUCCAUUAUGUCAUAAUGAGAUACGUUAAUCGAAAUGAUGAGACAGUUGUCGGUAUUAUUCGUGCCAGACAUGAGGAUGAAGACCCAUUAGAAAGUAAGAUUUAUUUUAAGCCAUCUUCUCAACCCGCCUUCGCCAUUGCCACCGGUGCUGGAAAGUCCACAAUACCUAUACCACUUGUCACAACUUCGCAGGGAAAGUGGGAUAUGGAGUUCAUUGUUAACAGUACAUUGUUUGUCGAUUAUUUUGUAUUACUCCCUCAGUCGUAUUUUGAAGGUAAUGUUCUUAUUGAUUAUGCUGUGAGAGAACCUUGUAAAAAAGGUUACAAAUCUUUAUGCAAACAUUAUGCUUACCCAAGGAUUGAAAAGUAUGAUACAGCUUAUGGAAACAAAGCGUUCCUGAUUACUCAAAAUGGUAGGGAACCGCCAUCUGAUUUAAUGGAGUGGAAUGCUCACUUGGCAGGCUCUAAUGUAGAGGAUUUGCCCAUGCUGACACCUCUGCAGAAGGAAUUGAGUUUUGAAGUUCGAACAGAAAAUAAAGGACCUUCAUUCAUAAUAAUUAAUUAUGGAACCCCUGAAGAUGGUAAUGCAACAUCGAGUAUUAAAAUUGAAAUAGAAGGAGAUAGCACAAAGUACUUAGGGCAUCUUAUGCUUUCUCCUUGUCCUUUUACUUGGCUAUGUCGUUAUGCGUUUCUUGAUAAUGAUGGGAAAAUAGCUGUUUUCAACAUUAAUGAUGAUUUUCUAACAGUCACACUUGAGCUUGGUAAUAUUGGUGAAGUUGGUAUUGAAUCAGUGAGUGUUGCGUUUCUUGAUAAUGAUGGGAAAAUAGCUGUUUUCAACAUUAAUGAUGAUUUUCUAACAGUCACACUUGAGCUUGGUAAUAUUGGUGAAGUUGGUAUUGAAUCAGUGAGUGUUAUACCUUUCGAUAACAAAACUGCCUUUGAUUUCUUAAAACCCAACCCUGUAUGUGUUAUAAAAGAUGGGAUCUGUAGAUCAACUCUCUUCACUACUCCUCUUGAUCAUCACAUUAAAAAGGUAGAAUUCGAAACAGGAAAUGAAGGUCGAAAGGCAUCUAAAUUUCUUCCAAAUACUCAAGACAACAAUACAGGACUUAUUUAUUUACAUAAAGAUGAUCCAAUGAUUGACAUUGGUGGAAAGGUUUCUGCUCCUGGAAAUUAUACUAUUAUUGUUCAUUAUUACCAACCUAAUAACCCAGAUUUCAAUUUAGAAGUUUUGAUGCAUGACCUAGCUCCUGAAGGUUUUGUUAGAUUGGCCCAUUGUCCAUCAACUGCUGGAUGCCGUGCUGUAAUAAAACAGAACAAUGGAAAUGAAAUCAUUCCAAUAACAGAAAAUUACCUUUUUACUUUCAAGGUACCAAAUAACAAAGAUGUUUGGUUGGACUACAUAUUAAUACUUCCUGAAUCUAAAUUCUCACUAGAUUACUUAAUAGAUAAGCCUGAAGGUAGUACAAAUCAGUUUGUGACUGAAUGUACCACAAAUAUGUACUAUGUUGAUCAGAGCGCAAGUGAGUUUUGUCGCUCAGCAAUAUUUUCAUUGACGACUCAUUUCAAUAAUGGAGCUCUGAAUUGCCGAUGUCACCCCGAUGGUUCUUACACUCUUCAAUGUGAGCCAUUUGGGGGUCAGUGUAAGUGUAAGGAAAAUAUAAUUGGAAGGAGAUGUCAGAGAUGUAAAACUGGGUACUACCAAUUUCCCCAAUGUAAACAAUGCAGCUGCCCCGAGAAUUCUUUGUGUGAUGAAGUAACAGGCCAAUGCUCAUGCCCUCCUAAUGUUGUUGGAGAAAACUGUGAUCAGUGUGCAAAUAAUACAUACGGCUACUUUCCUUUAUUAGGCUGUAGAGAAUGUGAAUGUAAUUAUCUUGGAUUGAUGGAUGGAAACUUACAGUGUGACCCAACUCUUGGAAACUGCAAUUGCAAGGAGAAUGUAAUUGGAAGACAAUGUGAUAGCUGCAAAAUUGGUCAUUAUUUGUUUCCUGAGUGUCGUAGAUGUGAUUGUGAGCUCGAAGGAACUACUUUUGAAAUUUGUAGUAACGUGACUGGUGCUUGCCUAUGCAAAGAAAAUGUUGAAGAUGAAGCAUGUGAUAUUUGUAGAUUUGGUUCUUUUAACCUUCAAGGUUCUAACAAAAAAGGUUGCACAGAAUGUUUUUGCUUUGGUCAUUCUCAGGAUUGUCGAAGCACAAGGCUCUAUAAAUCUCGGAUUUUUAGCAUGAACAAUUGGAGUCUUAACACAAUAUUUAUAAAAAAACCUAUUAUUGAGUAUGAGACACUUACUAAAGAACCUGAACGACCUUCAGGGAAUUCCAUUGCUGUGUCAUUAAUCCAAGAAGAUUUGCAGAAUCAAUUUGUCUUCUUUAGUGCUCCAAAGGAAUACCUAGGGAAUCAGCUGACUUCAUAUGGUGGCCAUUUAUCAUAUCAACUUGUAACUACUGCUGGCUUAGCUUAUGAACCAGCAGAAAAUGCUCCCACUGUGAUUCUGAAAGGUGGUGGAUUGAAUCUUCUUUACUAUUCAUAUGAGCUUCCUCCAUCAGCUGGUCCAUUUCAUGUAGCUGUUGAAAUCAUAGAAUCCAAUUUUGUUCUAUCAACAACAUUUUUACAACCUACCCGACCGCAAUUGAUGCAAGUACUUAAGGAUUUAGAAGGAAUUUAUAUUAAAGCCACAUUCUGGAAAAAUACAACAAAUUCUAUAUUAGAAAAUCCUCUGUUGGACUCGGCAAGUGAGGUAUACAGCGACCUGGGAUUGGCAUUAUCUGUUGAAGAAUGUCUUUGUGAGCCACAGUACACUGGUUUAUCUUGUGAGGAGUGUGCUCCUGGCUAUUAUAGAACAAAUAAUGGUCCAUAUGGAGGUAACUGCGUUCCUUGCCAAUGUCACGGCCAUGCUGCAUCUUGUGAUAAACAAACAGGCAUUUGCAUUGAUUGUCAACACAAUACUACUGGAGAUCAUUGUGAAAUGUGUACAGAAGGUUACCAUGGUGACGCUAGAAUUGGUAGUCCUUAUGACUGUCUUAUUUGUGCAUGCCCUCUUCCAAUACCCAGCAACAAUUUUGCAGUGAGCUGUGAGCUUUCUCCAGAUGGCGAUUCAAUCAGCUGCAAUUGUAAAAAAGGAUAUUUUGGAAGUCUUUGUGAUUCAUGUGCAAUUGGCUACUAUGGAAAGCCACGACAAGAAGGAGAUGGAAUUUGUCGACCUUGUGAAUGCUCUGGUAAUAUUGAUCCUAAUUCACCCGGGUCCUGUGAUUCAAUCACUGGUGAAUGUAUCAAAUGUCUCAACAAUACCUAUGGUGAAGCUUGUCAUCUUUGUGCUCCCGGUUUUUAUGGUGAUGCUGUUUUUGGUAAAAACUGUCAAAGUUGUGUUUGUGACAAGUGUGGAACUAAAAGCUGUGAUCAUAAAACUGGAAUUUGUGAGUGCCAUGAAAAUGUGCAGGGAGAAGCUUGUGAUUCAUGUUUAGAAAAUCAUUAUGGACUCAGUUCUUGUCAAGGUUGUCAGUCUUGUAAUUGCGGUCCAGCCUCAGAAAGCCCACAAUGUGAUUUGGAAACAGGACAAUGCAAAUGUAAACCUGGAGUCACUGGAAGAGCCUGCGACAGGUGUGAUCAUGGCUACUGGAACUAUACCUCUGAGGGCUGCAAAUUGUGUUCGUGCAACAUUGGUUAUUCAAUAGGAGUGGGAUGUAACCCUGAUACUGGCAAAUGUGAAUGUCUACCAGGCGUUAUUGGUGAGAAAUGUGAUCAUUGUCCUCCCCGAUGGGUAUUAGAAAAAGGAAAAGGCUGCUAUUCUUGUGAUCAGUGUAUUGAUGAUCUUCUGGAUGUAAUGGAUGUUCUUCAUAACAAAUUUGACCCUUUUGCUCGUGAAUUUACAGGUUUCAAUGAAAGCUUCUUUACUAGACAACGUAUUGUUUUUAUCAACCAAAAUAUAAAUGAAUUAAGACCCAAAGUCUCAGAACUAGAAAAUGUAGAAGGAAAAUUUUCUCCGAUUAAGAAAAAUUUAGAUUCUAUUGAAGAUGAUGUUGACAAACUAAAAAGAACAGCCGAGUAUAUAGUUGACAAAACUAAUAAUACUAUGGACAAGCAAUUAAGAACAGAAUUUGAAGACACAGAAGAUUUAAUUGACAAGGCCAUUGGAGAGGCCCAGCUAUCGGUCAUGGAAAUAAAGGAUAUAGCUGAAAGCUUCUCUAAUGGUGUAGGUUCAAAGUACUUUCCUAGCUCUGGAUUUGCUGAUUAUUUGAAAGAAGCUCAAAGAAUAUUGAGUGACUUACAGGCAUAUCAGCCACAGCACGAUGGCAAUUCUAUACGUGAAAAUAACCUUGCAAGAGCUGAAAAACUUUUACAGGAUGUCAGAAAAGUUAAAUCACCUGUUGAUACAAGAGUUGGAUUGAUAUCCAAACUGGAAGAAGAUAUAAAAUCAUUGAAUUAUAAACUUGCAGAUCUAAAAAAACAUUCCCUUCAAAGUUUGGAAAAAGCAAAAAUACUCAGUGAACAAACAAAAAAAAAUCGGGAACACAACAUACCAGAGAAGUUCAAAACAAUUAAAAACCUAGAAGGAAAUGCAAGUAAUACACUUAAAGCAGCUGAUGAAUUACUGGAGAAAACUAAUGAGUUACUGUCACGAGUUUCAAAUGAUCUGUAUAGACAAUUUACAAAUAACAAAACUGAAUGGGAGGAUUUCCUAAGUGAUUCAACUAAAAAAAUAGAUGCUUUAAAAUCAGAAAUUGAUGAACUAACGGAACUUGUUCUAGAAGCCACUAACCAUGCUAGGGAAUUGGAACACCAGGGUGAAGAACUUAAAAACAUCGAAAAAGAACAUGAGCAUGAUACUAAUGCUGUACAGGGUUAUAAGACCAUUGUCAACACUUUAAGAGACACCUUAAUUAUUGCCAAUGAUGCAAAAAUGACUGCCGAGAGAGCUUAUGAUGAGUCCGAAGGUAUUGGAGGUAAAGCACUUGAAUCAAGGGAUAAAUCUACAUCUCUUUACAACGACGCUAGGGAAACCCUAAGUCAGUCACAAUUGGAACUGGAGCCAGAGCUUAAAGGUGAAAAAGAUAAGAUUGAAAGCAUUCAGAUGAAGAAAGGCAAUAUUGAGGGCGAUAUUCAAGAGCUUGAGAGUAAUUUAAAUAAAACUAUUGACACUCUUGGACAAACAAAUGUCAAUACUGGAACUGAACUUGCUGAUGAAGCAGUUAGAGGUGCUGAAGAGGUCAUAGAAAAUAUUAAAGGUAUUGUGGAUGAACUUCCUCAAAAACUUGAUGUAUCAAAAGAAAUACAAAGGAACAUAAAAGACAGUGAAAAUGACAUAAAUGGAGUGAACUCGGCUAUUGAUAACAUAUUAAAAAUAUUACCGGAUACAAAAGAUCUUGCAUCUAAAUUAAAAGAUCGUCCCAGAAAAAUGGAAAGUGACCAUAAUAAUCUGAAAGAUAAAUUAGCUGAACUAGGAAGGCAAAUAGAAUUGGCAAGAGAGCUGGCAAACAGUGUAUCAACUGCAGUUAAAUUUGAUCGUACUAGUACAUUAGAACUUCGCAACCCUCCAGGUCUUCCUGAGCAGGGUGUCAACAAUGUUCUCUCCUUGUACUUUGCUACUCAAGAGGCAAAUGGACUUUUGUUUUUCAUAGGAAAUGAAGCUGAAAAGAAGAAACGAUCAGUAAAUACAGGUGACUUCAUGGUACUUGAGAUAGAAAAUGAAACUCCUAAGUUGACGGUAGACCUUGGAGAUGGUGCUACUACAUUAAUCUGUGAUAUUAAAGUAUCUGAUGAACAAUGGUACUUUGUAAAAGUUGAAAGAACUGGAAAGAGUUUAACACUAAGUAUAACUAGACAGAAGGAUGGUGAUAUGUGUGUCAACAGUGGAGUAAUGAAAGGUUCAUCAACAAUAUUAAAUUUGGAUAAGACAUCAUCUAAAUUUUUUAUUGGAGGCAUUCCAAGCUAUUUUAAGAGUCCUGCUGACGUUAGCUAUUACUCAUUUGUUGGUACAAUAGAAGAAGUGUAUUUUGGUGAAUCUGCUAUUGGCCUUUGGAAUUUCCAGAAAGCUGAAAACAUUCAGGCUACAAUGGAAAGAGGAAUAAGGAAAAUUGGAGAAGCUGGGUGUCGUUUUAACGGUGAUGGCUUCAUUUCCAUUGGUAGCCAACCAUACAAAUUGGAUACUACCACAGAAAUAGUUUUAAGAUUUAACACCUACGCCAGCGAAGGAUUGUUAUUCUUAGCCCCUGGACUUUCGUCUUUCAUCUCAAUAGAACUCAGGGAAGGGCGUAUUCUGUAUCAGUUUGACCUUGGAAGUGGACCAUUGAUGUUGUUUACUUCAAAAACAUUUAAUGAUGGAAAAUGGCAUAGUAUUGAAGUCACUAGAGUUGAUAAAAAAGGUAACCUAAAAGUGGAUGGUUUAACAGACAAAGAUGGUUACAUAAAUACCACUGAAGCCCCUGGUGAUAAUACAGUAUUUGAGCCUUCUGGAAAACUGUUCAUUGGUGGUUUCCCUAGAGAGCAUAAUAUUUUAGAAGUGACAGAAGUAGAUUUCGAUGGCUGCAUCAACAAUGUGCAGAUUGAUGGAACAAGUGUGGAUCUGAAUAUUCCAGAAGCGAUAGGAACUAUUCAAGGCUGUCCUCCUAAAUUUGCUAGUAUAGUUUCAUUUGAGGACGGUGCAAGAGGAUAUGCACUAUUGCCAAACAUCAGUGCACAGCAUGACAACUUAGAACUUAUUUUGAGGUUCAAAACUUCUUUCCCGAAUGGAUUACUUGCGUAUGCAGAUUUUGGUGAAAAUAGUGUCUCUCUUUCACUUAAUGGUGGCCAAAUUGUAUUUAGAGUUGGAGAAUCAGACACAGUAAUGACAGAACCAAUGUACAAUGACAGCAAUUGGCAUGUAGUUAUGGCAACUUUUGAAAUUGGUUCUCAGCUUCAACUUUUCAUAGAUGAUCAUGAAUCUUUCAGUUCUUUGUCUCCUGCCAAACCAAUACGAAUGCUCCAUGGAAAUUUGUACUUUGGUGGAGUACCAUCAAAAGUAGACGCUCAAGCUGCUAUAUCUAAACAUUUUUCGGGUUGUAUUAGUGAUGCAACAUUGAAUGGUGUAAUAGUUAAUUUUGGUAAUUUGACAGAAAUUCCAGAGGCAGUGAUUGGGAAAUGUAUAGAAGGAGCAAGAAAAAUACCCAUUCAUCGCCCUCCACCACUACCACCUCCAAGAGGUAUUAAAAUCCCUGAUAGUGAGAUACCGAUUACAACUAUUCCUGCUCCAGUAACAACUGAAAAAACAUUCACUUUACCACCACAAAUUGAUAAUGAAAUAAUCACCACAACACCAAGUACAACGUCUGAAGUGUUUAGAAGUGAUUAUUCACCAAAUUGUAAAGUUCCAUUAUACCCGACAACAUCAGUUGAAUAUUCUAAUUUCACUGUUUAUCAUAUUGGAACUAUGGCUGGCAGCAGGCUUGAGUACUUCAUACAAACCAAACUUCGGUUGAAAUUUGACUUUUCAGUUGAUGUUAAAACAGGAGCAAAAGAAGGACUGAUAUUUUAUGUUUCUGAUCAUAUGCAUGUAGAUUUUGUGGCUGUUUACAUCAGUGAAGGAAAGGUCAAUUUCCGUUUUAAUUGUGGCUCUGGAGCAGCUCAUAUAACUUCACAGGUAAUGAUAAGUGAUAAAAAAUGGCACCGUAUAAGAUUUCAAAAGCAAGGUAUUCUAGGAACUUUAACUGUCGACAAUGAUAUUGUGGAAGGAAAAUCAUCUGGAAAUGCAAAAACAAUCAAUAAUGAAGCAACAUAUUAUCUAGGUGGUUUAGAUCCUAGUCCAUUCUUGAAUUCUAAAGAUAAGCUGGAUAAAGUACUUUCGAAUCUCAAGGGAAUCAACAAUUCAUUGGAUGGAUGUUUGAAGGAUUUUAAGUUUAAUAACCAGCUGGAGAAACCUCGCAAGAAGAUAGGUGUUACUCCAUGUGACACACACUAUGAUAGUAUUUAUUUCCAUCCAGAGGGUGGCUUCGUUAAACUCUAUGAUCGUUUUAAGAUGGGAAGAAAAUUUGAUAUCACAAUGGAAAUUAAGCCAAGAUCUCUUUCUGGGCUUUUACUGGCUGUACAUUCCGCAGACGCCUAUUUUGUUCUUGAAAUGGAGAAUGGUGAAGUGAAAAUGACCAUUGACAUUGGAAGUGGUGAUAUAACUGCUACAUAUAAGCCAAAUGAUCCUUACUUUCUCUGUGAUGGAAAUUGGCAUAAGAUCACAUGUGCUAAAGCAAUACAUGCCCUCAUUUUAGGUGUCGAUGGACAAUUCUCAGAACCUAAAGUAGGAAAGCAACCAGUUAAAUUAGCAGACACAAAACAUGUUCUGUAUCUUGGUGGCCAUCCUCCUAACCUCUCCAAGAACUUGAAGGGUAUUAAGUCCAAGCCCCCUUUUAUAGGAUGUAUAAGGAAUGUAAUAAUUAAAACUCGUAAGGAAAGGCUAGAUGCCAGUAAUAUAUAUGGUAAUGCUACAGGAGGAGUUUGUCCUGACUGA